AUGGGAGGAACCUCCAGCAGCCAGCCGUCCACACCCGGGGGUGAAGCAUGGCGGCCGCCAAGGUUAAUAUCCUUUCAAGAAUUUGUGGCAUUUGAAUCUGUCCUGUGUGCCCCAGAUGCUUUGUUCAUGGUGGCCUUCCAGCUGUUUGACAAAGCUGACAAAGGGGAAGUCACUUUUGAGGACGUUAAGCAAGUUUUUGGACAGACCACAAUUCAUCAAUGUAUUCCAUUUAACUGGGAUUCAGAAUCUGUGCAACUGUACUUUGGGAAAGAAAGAAAAAGACAUCUGACAUAUGUGGAAUUCACUCAGUUUUUACUGGAAAUACAACUGGAGCAUGCAAAGAAAGCCUUUGUUCAAAGGGACAAUGCCAGGACCGGAAAAGUCACAGCCAUUGACUUCCGAGACAUCAUGGUCAACAUCCGCCCUCAUGUCUUGACACCUUUUGUAGAAGAAUGUCUAGUAGCUGCUGCUGGAGGUACCACGUCCCAUCAAGUUAGUUUCUCCUAUUUUAAUGGAUUUAAUUCGCUCCUUAACAACAUGGAACUCAUUAGAAAGAUCUACAGCACUCUGGCUGGCAACAGGAAAGAUGUAGAGGUGACUAAGGAGGAGUUUGUUCUGGCAGCUCAGAAAUUUGGUCAGGUUACACCCAUGGAAGUUGACAUCUUGUUUCAGUUAGCAGAUUUAUAUGAGCCACGGGGACGUAUGACCUUAGCCGACAUUGAACGGAUUGCUCCUCUGGAAGAGGGAACUCUGCCCUUCAACUUGGCUGAGGCCCAGAGGCAGAAGGCCUCAGUUGAUUCAUCUGGACCAAUUCUCCUACAAAUUGCAGAGUCAGCCUGCAGGUUUGGUCUGGGUUCUAUUGCUGGAGCUGUCAGAGCCACAGCCGUGUAUCCUAUCAAUCUGGUAAAAACUCGAAUGCAGAACCAGCAAUCGACUGGCUCUUUCGUGGGAGAACUUAUGUAUAAAAACAGCUUUGACUGCUUUAAGAAAGUGCUACGCUAUGAAGGCUUCUUUGGACUGUAUAGAGGUCUGUUGCCACAGUUAUUGGGAGUCGCCCCAGAGAAGGCCAUAAAACUUACAGUGAAUGAUUUUGUGAGGGAUAAAUUCAUGCGCAAAGAUGGCUCAGUCCCGCUUGCAGCAGAAAUUCUUGCUGGAGGCUGUGCAGGAGGCUCCCAGGUGAUUUUCACAAAUCCUUUGGAAAUUGUCAAGAUUCGUUUGCAAGUGGCUGGAGAAAUCACCACUGGUCCCCGAGUCAGUGCUCUGUAUGUCGUAAGGGACCUAGGCUUCUUUGGGAUCUAUAAGGGUGCCAAAGCAUGCUUUCUGCGGGACAUUCCUUUCUCGGCCAUCUACUUCCCUCGCUAUGCUCAUAUGAAGGCCUCCCUUGCAAAUGAAGACAGGCAAAUCAGCCCCGGAAGCCUGCUCUUAGCUGGCGCUGUAGCCGGUAUGCCUGUAGCAUCUCUAGUGACCCCCGCUGAUGUUAUCAAGACGCGAUUACAGGUGGCCGCCCGGGCCGGCCAGACCACUUACAGCGGAGUGAUAGACUGCUUUAGGAAGAUCCUGUGGGAAGAAGGCCCAAAGGCUUUGUGGAAAGGAGCUGGCGCUCAGGUGUUUCGGUCCUCCCCUCAGUUUGGUGUAACUUUGCUGACCUAUGAAUUGCUACAGCGGUGGUUCUACAUUGAUUUUGGAAGAGUGAAACCCAUGGGAUCAGAGCCAGUUCCAAAAUCCAGGAUCACACUGCCUGCUCCCAAUCCUGAUCACGCUGGGGGCUACAAACUGGCAGUUGCAACGUUCGCAGGGAUUGAAAACAAAUUUGGACUUUACCUACCUCUCUUCAAGCCAUCAGCAUCUACCUCACAAGUCAUUGGUGGAGGCCGGUAG